CUGCUAGUUAGUCUUUUCUAUUGUCUUUUAAUUCGUGCUUGUUAUAGUUAUCCAUAUAUUGUUGAACGUCAGCCAAUAGGAAAACUGUUGUUUCGAGAGUUCUGCGAAUCGACUAACCACCAGUAUUUUCAGGCCUGCCUCUUUUUGAACAAGGUUGAGGAAUAUGAGACUUCCGAUGAUGACGGCAAAUGUAGACGAGAAUUGGCCAGAUCUAUCGUUUGCCUUCUUGCACCCAGUAGUGAUACUCCUUCCUCCUCUCAAUGUUGUUAUGAUCAAUGGUGUUCGUUUUUACCUGAAAAAACUUUAUCGUCUAUUAUUGCUGCCGCUGAUUCUGCUGCACAAGACGAAGAGCCUCGAACCGACAUUUUUGCUGAAGCUUACAAGUAUGUACUUCGUCGAAUUUUUAGGCAGAAUGAUGAAUGGUCACUGAUUGUGACUGACCAGGGAAGGGCUCCAACUUCCCAUGGAACUUCGAAUAGACACCUAUGUACAGGGUGGGUCAAAAUUAUGACUACAGCGCGCGCUGACGCUCAUAACGAAUUUUUUCUGAGGUCAUAG